ACAUCUUCACUGAACUCCUCCAAUCUAGAGGGUGCUCACGACACUUCGAGUUUGUCGGAAGCAGGAAGUAUAAGAUGUGUUUUAUUACCAAUGUUAUUGAGCUCAGAUAACGUAAACUUUGGACUUAGAAGAUUAAAGAGUACGUAACUGACAGCUUUCCAGGAGACGAGCUAUGUCUACAGAAGCAGAUGCAGUUGCUAAGACAUUAGAAAUUUUGCAAAGAAAGAAGCCUGCUGACCUGACUCUGGAACACUGGAUUGCAAGUUGGGAGAAGCAACAAAUUGGAUUUCAUCUCAAUGAAGUCCAUGAAAUGUUGAAGAAACACCUGAAUGUUAUGCUAAAUGGGAGAAAGCAAAUCCGUAUCUUCUUCCCACUUUGUGGGAAAGCAGUGGAUAUGAAAUGGCUUGCUGAUCAGGGGCACACCAUUGUUGGGGUAGAAAUAUCUGAAAUUGCAAUAAAGCAAUUUUUUACAGAACAGAAUCUGUCCUACAUUCAAGAACCUGUACCAGGGAUACCAGAUGCAGAAAUAUUUAAGACUCCUGAAGGGCACAUUUCUUUGUUUCGGGGUAAUAUAUUUGAUUUCUCAAGUUCAGUUGCUGGGCAGUUUGAUGGGAUCUGGGAUCGAGGCUCUCUGCAACCACUCAACACCUCUGACAGACAGCGUUAUAGCAAACUAAUGAUAACCCUAAUGGCCAAAGGGUGUCGAUACCUUCUGGACACUUUGGUCUGUACGAAAACUGAUUUUGAUGGCUUACCACCCAAGAUCUCGGAAAGCGAAACGCGGAAUUUGUUUGGUACCCUCUGUGUUACUUUACAAUUUUUGACUGCCCUCUCUGACCAAUCUCUUAACUGCAGCCCAUGGAGGGGACAAUUUCUCUCUCUUCUACUUAACAACUGACGCAAAUAGACUCUCACUUCAAUCAACAUCUGCUGCUGAUAACCUCUGAGAUGAGAAAGUUCCACAAGAGCGUGCAUACUCGCCAAUGUUCUCCCCAUUAUUUCACACUAUAAAGCAGGACUUAAAAUACUGACUAAGAAUCAAUCUGGGAGUGAUGUGAAUGGUGUCUAUGGAAUCUAAGGAACUAGUCUUUCUCACAAUUAUGCACAUGAAAAGCUGUAGAUUUCAGAGACAAAAUGAGAAUCGAAAAUUCAUAUGAUUCCAACACUCUCAGAACUAGCUUGCUGUUGUGUAAUAUGUAUUAAAACAAAUCUGAGUAUGAGUCAGUGGUGUCCAGAAGAUAAAACAUAGAACAUAGAAAAAUACAGUACAAUACAGGCCCUUUGACCCACAAUGUUGUGCCGUGGAUUAAUCCUAAUCCAAAAAUAAAAUGACCUAACCUACAUUCCUCUCAAUUCACUGUUGUCCAUGUGCAUGUCCAGCAGUCGCUUAAAUGUCACUAAUGACUCUACUUCCACGACUACCACUGGCAAAGUAUUCCAUGCGCUCACAACUCUCUGGGUGAAGAACCUCCCUCUGACAUCUCCUCUAUACCUUCCUUCUAACACCUUAAAACUAUGACCCCUUGUGGCAGUCAGUCCUGCCCUGGGGAAAAGUCUCUGGCUAUCGACUCUAUCCAUGCCUCUCAUUACCUUGUACACCUCGAUCAGGUCAUCUCUCUUCCUCCUUCUCUCCAGAGAGAAAAGUCCGAGCUCACUCAACCUCUCCUCGUAAGACGAGCCCUCCAGUCCAGGCAGCAUCCUGGUAAACCUCCUUUGCACCCUCUCCAAAGCUUCCACAUCUUUCCUAUAAUAGGGUGACCAGAACUGGACACAAUAUUCCAAGUGUGGUCUCACCAGGGUUUUGUAGAGCUGCAGCAAAACCUCGCGGUUCUUAAACUCGAUCCCCCUGUUGAUGUUAGCCAAAACACCAUAUGCUUUCUUAACAACCUUAUCCACUUGGGUGGCAACUUUGAGGGAGCCAAGCACUUGAACACCAAGAUCCUGCUGUUCCUCCACACUGCCGAGAAUCCUGCCUUUAAUCCUAUAUUCAGCAUUUAAGUUCGACCUUCCAAAAUGCAUCACUUCGCAUUCAUCCAGGUUGAACUCCGUCUGCCAUUUCUCAGCCCAGCUCUGCAUACUGUCAAUGUCUCGCUGAAGCCUGCAAUAGCCCUCGAUACUAUCAACGGCAUCUCCAACCUUUGUGUCAUCAGCAAACAUACUAACCCAUCCCUCAACCUCCUCGUCCAAAUCCAUUUAUAAAAACUACAAAGAGCAGAGGCCCAAGUUCCAGCCCAGCCUGUCUCUGCCUCCCUAACCUGUUCUUCCUCUCACCCAUCCCUUCCUCCCACCCCAAGCCACACCUCCAUU